AUGCUCAUCCGCGACCACAUAACCCACCAAGAAGACGACGCCCCAGGGAAAUCCAAACUCAAACUCCUAGUCCCCACCGUAGGCACCUUCUUCACCCCCUUAUACCUGGUCGACGCAUUCCGCCACCAAGACGCCCAACGCUUCAUCAGCCGCCGACGCUUCGUGGCCCCCUCCUUUAACGACAUCCGUCUCAUUCUCAACUCAGCCCAACUCCUCGGUCUGGCCCGCACCACUGGCGUCGACCUCGUCACCUUCGACGGAGAUGUCACUCUCUACGACGACGGCGCCUGUCUCACAGACGACAACCCCGUGAUCCUGCGCAUUAUGCGCCUCCUCCUGCAAGGACAGAAGGUCGGCAUCGUCACCGCGGCGGGCUACACCGACGCCGCAAAGUACUACGAGCGACUCAAGGGACUGCUCGAUGCGAUGUACGAGUCAACCGAAAUGACGGACGCUCAGCGCGCCGGACUGGUCGUCAUGGGCGGAGAGAGCAACUUUCUCUUCCGGUAUGACCAUGCCUCCCCCUCGAAGUUGAGUUAUGUCCCCCGCGAGGAAUGGUUAUUGGAGGAGAUGAAGACGUGGCAGGAGGGGGAUAUCACGCAGCUGUUGGAUAUCGCCGAGUCAUCGUUGCGCGCAUGCGCGAGUAAUUUGAAUCUGCCGGUCGCGGUGUUGCGCAAGGAUCGCGCGGUCGGGGUAUAUCCCACGGAGAGAGGGCGGAUCAGUCGCGAGCAGUUGGAGGAGACGGUGUUGGUGGUGCAGAAUACCGUCGAGCGGUCGGAGGUGGGGUCUAGAUUGCCCUUUUGUGCUUUUAACGGCGGCAAUGAUGUGUUUGUGGAUAUUGGUGACAAGUCAUGGGGUGUGCGCGCGUGUCAGCGCUACUUUGGGGGGAUUGAGCCGGCGCGGACGCUGCAUGUCGGCGAUCAGUUCUUGUCGGCGGGAGCGAAUGAUUUCAAGGCCCGGCUGGCAUCGACGACAGCGUGGAUCGCAAGUCCCGCCGAGACAGUGCAGCUCCUGGACGAGCUGCAAGGGAUAUAA